AAACCCUAGCGCCGCCCGCCCAUCCUCCUAGUACUAUAUAUACGGAGCGCGGUGUCCAAAUCAGAGUCGAUCCGGUCCUAAUCCUCCCAGCCCCCAUCAGCUCCGGUCCAACCUCGAGAGAGAGGUGGGAGCAAUGCCGCGCGUUCCAUUCACCACACUGCUCGCGCUCAGCCGGCGUGGUUACGCCGCCUCGGCGGGAGCGGAGGUGCAGAAGCGAGCGCCGGCAAUGGCUGGCAGAGUCUCGGGCGCGGAAGGCGGCGCUGGACAGGCGUCAUCCGGCGGGGACAUCUUCUGGAUGAGGGACCCCAAGACGGGCAACUGGAUCCCCGAGAACCGGUUCGCCGACAUCGACGCCGCAGAGCUCCGCGCGCAGCUGCUCUCCAGGAAGGCCUAGAUGAACAAGGCGGACACCCGCGACGGCGAGCACCACACAGCAUUCCCAGCCCCGGCUGAAUCUGUGAUCGUACUUAUCCAAACAAUUCGCUUUAUUUGGCUUGUUAGAAUGACCGUGUCCGGAAAUCAAUACUAUAAGUUUUCGACAUUGCAGUCUGAAUAAUCGAAUUUUAAAAUUUUCAUUUUGGCAAAACGGAAGGACUGGCCGUUGGACUCUGAUUUCUUGAGGCAAAGUGUAGAACUACAUGAUUAGGGAGGAAAUGGAUUGACCAA